AUGGAUAGUCACGUGUCUGUUGAUGUUUUGCCAUUGGUAAGCGACGAAGGCUUCGAACGAAUGGAAGUGUCCGAAAAUCUUCCAUCAUUGAUGAGCGAUAGUAAGCAGGAAGGUGCGAUGGGCUACAGCAGCGGUACUGAUACCGAUACGGACGAUGGUUUGCCCCACGAGGUGCCGCUGCAAGAUCGUCCGUUCGGUGAAGCGUCGUUUGAGGAUCGCUUGACACUGUGGGCACUACCAACCAGCCAAACGCAUAGAGCCUUGGUCCUUUCACUUGCCCACAUUAGGCAACACCAAUCGCACUGCAAAUUGCCACGCGAUCCCCGGACCUUGAUGCACAUACCGGUGUCGACGGAAGCGGAGAUAACGUCCAUCGGCGGAGGACGUCUUUGGGACAGAGGUGUGGCCACAUGUUUGCAGCAAUAUUAUCGCAAUGUAAAACCUCUAGUCAAGGGUUCGACUUUUUUGCAGAUCGACUUUUUUGUAGAUGGUAUGCCGCUCUACAAAAGCAGUCGGUCUCAGUUUUGGCUGAUUUUGAUGAUUGUUUUUAUCCUGCCCGAUUCUCCCGUUAUGGUGGUAGCCAUAUUCUGUGGCAAAUCCAAACCACACUCCCAAGAGGAGUAUUUAAGGCGGUUUGUGGAGGAGAUGAACGAUCUUCAGAAAAAUCAUUUGGCAAUUGGGCAGCAGUUAUAUUGGAUCUGCUUGCGAGCCAUCAUUGCCGAUGCACCAGCAAGAUCGUUUAUAAAAGGAAAGCUUAAGUUUAUUUGGAGAAAUUUAGUAUCGCAACUUAUAAAUCCAAUGGUAGUGGCACACGAUUCGACCGUAGUGGAAUGCGAUUCGAUCGUACUGGCACGCGAUUCAACCGGGGAUGCAUGCAUUCGAUCGUAG